CCAACAUGUACCUGCCGGUGUGCGACCAGGACAGCAAGUCCUACCCGAACUGGUGCCACUGCCGCUGCUACGGCUGCACUUGGUUCACACCCUGCAACUCGACACCCCCCGAGCAAGGCAACAACGUGCUCAAGCUCUACCAGGACGGCUACGACUACCUGAUGUUCACGGUGGAUGCCACUCAGCGGAUGCCGUACACGGAGGCUGAGAUCUUCUGCCGUGACCUGGGGUACGGCUGGGAUCUGGUUCCGUACGACGAUGCGUCCGGCUACAGUGCCCUGCAGGGGCUGUGUGCCAGCAACUAUUACACUUGCUGGUUCAAGAAGGGCGCGGAUGAUGAGGACUUGUGCCCGCUAAUUGACGCCCAGGGCUUGCUGCAGAAGCAGGGAUGCGAGCAAGACGUGCGGUUCGUGUGCCGCAAGGAGAGG